AUGUCUUCGAUCACGUUCCCGUACGCCGCACAUGCUGCCUCGUCCUCCUUCGUCUCUGUACACUCCGACCUCGCGUCUUCCUAUGACCCGCCCUCCGACACCUCGUCAUUCCAAAUGAACCCCCUCUCAUCACAUCCGCCGCGUACACCCCGCACGUCUAUCAUGUCUUCCGCCUCGCACGUGUACGCGUCCGAUUACGAGUCUUCCAAAGAAGACGCGACCCAACUCGGGGAGCGCGAGCCGGAGGCGGACGGCUACCACACCGAGGACGAGGAGGACGAGGCGAAGGCUGCUGCUGCGAAGAGCCGGGUGCGCAAGGAGGAGGUAUGGCGGGAGGUCCUCAAGACCGCCUACGGCCGGGACAAGGCCUUCAAACUGAUACAGUAUUCGAUGAAAAUGUAUCUUCUCUUCCACGUCGCCCUCGCCUCGAGUGCCGCCUUCAAGGGCCGCUCUCGUCCCGGCUGGGAGACCGAACUCACGAAACGCCUCACCUCCGCCAUCGCAGGAUUCUCCCUCACCCGAAAAUGCCUGAUCCUCUUCAACUGGCUGCCCCCGCUCACCGCGAUCCUCGAACAGCACGCGUCGGACCCGUACGCGGCGCGCGGCGCGCGCAAGGGGCAGCGCAAGCCGCUCCUGCACACCAUCCUGCACGCGCCGCCCCCGGUGCUGCUCGAGCUCCUGAACGGCCUCGCGGACGACGCGGCGACGCUCUCGCGGCUCGGCCUGCUCGGCCCCCGCGCGGGCGAGCGCGCGGGCAAGCUCGCGAACUGGUGCUGGUUCGCCGGCACGCUCGUCAACCUGGUCGAGAACAGCGUCGAGCGGAGCGUGAUCCUCGAGCUCCAGCAUCAAGUCGAAGGCCGGUUGUACGACGAGUCGAUGGCGGGGACGACGGCGAAGUCGAACCCGGCGGCGGACAAGCUGGACCACAAGGAGCUCGCGCGACUUCAGAAGCAGGACUAUUGGAUCCAGAUCUCGAAGUGGAAGCUCGUCAUGGACCUGAUCUUCGUCUCCUAUGAUGUGUUCCGCCUCAAACGCGCGAAGGGCCAGGUCCAGACCGCUGCAGGGCUGGCGUCUGCAAUCCUCAGCUCGAUGAAGUAUUACGACAAGCACAAGAGCGCGCUGAGCAAGGCGGUCUCGUCAUAG